AUGGAAGAAUCAACAAAGAGGUAUGCAGUUGUUACAGGAGCAAACAAGGGGCUUGGUUGGGGAAUAGUAAAACUGUUGGCGUCUAAGGGGGUGAUGGUGGUACUAACAGCUAGAGAUGAAACGAGAGGUCUUGAAGCUGUUGAGAAACUGAACGAAUCUGGUCUCUCCGAUCAUGUGGUCUUUCAUCUGCUUGAUGUAAUGGAUCCUGCAAGUAUUGCAUCUCUUGCAGAUUUCAUCAGAAUUCAAUAUGGAAAACUUGAUAUUUUGGUGAACAAUGCAGCGAUCCGUGGAACCACAAUAGACUCGGACGCUUCAGCAGCUUCAAAAAUUACUGGUACAGAAGACGAUUUGCAGAAUGUUUGGAAGAAGGUAUUGAUUCAAAAUUAUGAGUUAGCAGAAGAGUGCCUGAACACAAACUGCUAUGGUGCUAAAAGAACAGCUGAAGAGUGCCACAAUGUUUCUUCCUUCUUGUCAAUGCUGAAGCAUAUACCAAAUGAAUGGGCUAAAGGAGUGUUCAGUGAUGUUGAUACCUUUACAGAGGAGAGAAUAGAUGAACUAUUAAGUGUAUUUCUAAAAGAUUUCAAGGAGGAUUCUUUAGAAACCAAGGGCUGGCCAGCUUUACUGUCAGCCUAUGUACUCUCAAAAGCAGCCAUGAAUGCUCACACAAGGAUUCUUGCCAAGAAGCACCCCAAUUUCUGCAUUAAUUGCAUCUGUCCAGGGUUUGUCAAAACAGAUAUGAGCAAUAACACCGGCACCUUAUCGGUUGAUGAAGCUGCAGAGUAUCCUGUGAAAUUGGCGCUGCUUCCUGAUGGAGGACCUUCUGGCCUCUUUUUCAUUCUGGAUAAGUUUUCUUGUUUCUGA